CUUAGAAGUUAUUAGUUCCUUUCUUUCCCUGUUCCGAGCUUAAUUGCUUAGGCAAAAUGCUUGCCCGUAUAAUAUGUUAGACCUUUCAGUAUUUUGUAGUUCUGUUAGUCGUUCAGAAGUCACCGUGCAGCGCGAGCGCAUGCUUGCCCGCUCGACCGUUCGUGACUAGCAUUCGAGCUUCGUAAAAAUUUACGAUCACUUUAUACAAGUAACAUAAUAAGUGAUUCUCAACUUUAUCGAUUAAUCUAUAAGACCGAUGGUGAUUUAUUAAAAGACCAUCAAUUCGUUCAACAUGGUGUCUUCCGUGAAUUUACUAGUAGCCGGAUUUAUAUUGCAAAUUACGUUCGUGUCUCCGAUUGCUGAAAUUGAGGGGGAUGAUGAGGUGCUACAUCUUAUAGGAGAGCCGGACUUCCGCGAUGUUCGGCUUCGAUGGGAGUACGGCAAAACUGAAGAAUCGGAUCCCAGGAAACUGUUGGCUUUUCAAAUACACUAUUGCGAGUUGCAAGCCUGGGGCCAGUACCGAUGCAGAACUAAGGUACUUGACAAUGUCAAAGAAGAUAGGUCUGCUAAAGUGAUAGUGGAAACAACUACAGCCAAGUCAGCGGUUCCAAGUGUUAAACGUGGUCGUACCUACACGUCAUAUAUCACAGGGUUACGGAUGGCAACAACCUAUUCCUUUGAAGUGAGGCCGGUGAGACGCGACGCUCGAGAUCUGGCUGAUCCGCACUCCAUUGGCUCGAAAAUUAUCAUAGUUCCCACAAAAGGAUUUUCUGCACGAGCCACACAAUGUUUGCCACACGCGAGCGAAGUUGAGGUAUCUACUGGCCCAUACUUCGGUGGUCGAAUAGCCGUUGAGGCAGCAGAUGGAGGCCCGGAAAGAUGUUCAAUCCAAGGAAAUCCGAACAGUGCCCAGGACGCAUAUAUCCUGAGAAUACAUCAUGACGAAUGCGGCUCAGAGGUCAACGAUACUACAGUAGCCACUUAUGUGAUCGUUCAAGAAAACUUGCCAAUACUUACACACAGCACACGCCGGUUCCUAGUGAUCUGCACAUACAAACCGGAAACGUUAACGGUGCGAGCUGGAAUCAACCUGCCAAAAGCUAAUCCUGGCGAUGUUUUAGUGGAAACUAAGUCCCAUGGAAUAGUGGAGCCAUACGACGAUCAAGAACUAAAUGACAAUAGGCUUCAACCAGCUCGACUUGAGGCUAGGAAGGAAGAAACGCAACAAAGUAUGUUUGGAGAGAUAACCCUCGUUAUGUUCCUUGUUGUCGCAGCGUUUGGAGGUGUUGCGCUUCUCAUAUGGAAGAUGGUACCACAAGCUGGUAAAACCAUGGACAAUAUUUCCAUAUCUACAGUUUCUUCCCUUUCUCGCAGCGGGAUUUUCAACAGGAGAAACAUUGACAGAUUUUCCGAUAAAAGUUCCGUAUAUUCAAUAACACUUUCGGAAAAAGACGAAGCUGUUAAAAAGCCUAGUGAAGGCGAUAAUACUUCGGAGGCCUAGAUAUUCAAGACAAAUCACCUUAAGCUUUCCCUAAGACUAAUGGGUUUAAAUAAACAUCUACCCAAAUAAGUAUUUUUCUGCGGGAAUAAUUUUAAGGACAAAAUAUCUCGGGAGAUAGAUAUUUCGAGAAAUACUUCAGUCCUUAUCAAGGAAAUAAUUUCGGGGAUAAUUCGUCCUUUCUCAAUAAUAGGCUACGACGAAUUAUUAAGGUUAAUUACGCCGUUAAGUAUUGAAACUGUAAAUAUAGUUGAUGAACUUUUAGAAUUACCUAUGUUUAGUUAGUUAACAUUUAAGUACUUUUAGAUAUUAUAGUAUGCGGAUGUACGUUUACAUCUGGCCAGUAUUAAUAAUUCACUACGACACUAUUGCCAUAAGCUAUCUCACUAUUCACAAAUUUUAGUUUAAGGUAUUUUUAGUGCAUAGUAGACAAGCCGCAUUGCAACGCACUGAUACAAUAUGUGAUAGAUAAUAAUAUACCAAAAUAUACUACUGAACUAGUUAAUUCAAAUAACAACAAGCGGACAAGUGAAAAGCUUAUAUUAUGAUUUAUCCAUAGAUGUUUUUGCUAUGCAGUGCCAUGCAAUGUGGCUCUCUGGAGUUUGUGUUUGGCUUUACUGAUAAUUUAAUAAAAGACUUUAUUGACUGAA